AUGCAACUGCAUUCGAAGGCCAGGGUGUUGGUGGCGCUGGGGGAAGACUCCGGAGCCGUUCGGGAGAGAAAACGGCGAAGGAAACCUUUGAAUGUGUACGUCAACGAGAUCGGGCGCGCUCUCCACGCGCGGCAUCAGGUCUACGCCUUCACCUUCCUGAGGGAAGGGGGCGAGGAGAUCGCCGGCGAAGUCCGCGUGCGCGGCCGCCCCUUUUCGCUGCCAGUGCAAAGCCGCCUGGCGUGCGCGGGGAGGGCGUGUGAGGAGCGGGCGAAGGUUCUCGCCGGGGUGGGCGGCGGCGCUGCCAUGCUCACCGUCCCGGUCCUGUCAGACCGGUAUAUCGACGUGGACAUGAAAAAGUACGGGGCGCACGGCCGAAUUGUGGGGCCCGAGAGACGCGUGCUGGAGGAAAUCGGACGCAAGUUCAGGAUUGCCUGGAAAGUUGCAAACGACGCGGUUUUCUGGAAAGGCGACAUGACAUAUUCUACUACAGUCUUUUUUAAUGUUGGCGUGUAUUAUGUAUACCAAUCUUGCAUUAAAAUUAAUAAACUAUGUCUUCUCUUUUCGCAGGGAAAUUUGUUCACAUUAAUGACGAACCCUGAGUUCUAUCCAGAGAUAGAUACAUUUGCGCAACUCGCCGAAUCCAACUUGCUUAUUGUAGCACAUUCUAAUCGCUUUUUGACUCGUUCUGAAAAACCGGACCCCAAAAUCUAUUCGGGCCAAGAACUUGAGAACCGUUACCGAGUUGGCCGUUUGUCGCACCGAACCAUCUCGGUGGACGAUUUGAAGGCCUUGAUGUGCAAUCACACGCCCUUCGCCAUUAUAACGGGCUCUCAGUACCCCGAGUUGGAAAUGGGGAAAGGAUAUGGACUGUGGAAGGAUUUUCGUGUGAUGCGAGAAACUAUUGAAGAAAGAAUGAAUUUGGUCCAUGCUAGACGCAAUUGGCCCUGGACAGAAGCCGUGAACGCUCUCUAUAUGCAGUUCGACGCUGCCGGAUUGCGCGAAUUCUGGGGGAAGGACUACGAGACCAGAUUCGCCCUCCUGCGCAACAUCACCACGGAUCGCGGCGCGAAGAUCCAACAGACGGCCAAGAGGAGCGGGAAUGAGGAAGCGGAGGGGUCGUCGCUCCGCCUGCAGGACAUGGUACCGCCUCUGCAGCUGCUGGGCGCCGGGCUGGCUGUCUCGGGGAUCGCCCUCUGCACGGAGCUCCUCGCCUCGUCUUCGAUGGCUCGCGCCGCCCUCAGUCGGCUCAAACGCUGGGCGCGCACGGCCUCGCCCUUCCGCGCCCCGGACGACACCAACGCCGGCUCCCAGAAUAUGGUGCAGCACAAUGGAAGGGAGAACUAA